AUGGGAUUACCAGUCAUUGGUCUGGCGGUGCGGAUGGUCGCCAAUGGCUAUGGCUUAACAGCAGAAGCCAUUGCUGCACGAAAGCAGCAGAAACUCAAAUCGAAAAGCCCUGGACCAACCGAUGGAGCGAGUAUUUCCACGACACCCCAACAGAGAUCAGAGUUGUCCCCUUCCAGAGAUGCAUUAUCUACGAAGGGACAAAGUACUGAAAUCCCGCCUGCGUAUUCCGAGGAAUAUGUUGAACUUCCACCAGCACAGGCGGAACGUCUCAUUGCCAACGGCCAAGCGAUUCCAGUUGGCGCCCGAGUUGACGGUCACCAUUUCCCUGGCCAUGAAGAUGACUCGGACGAAGCCCAUAGGUAUUCCGAGGACGAGGAGGAUUGGGCCCUGGAUGAGGCCGCUGCUGAAGCCGAGGAACGCAACUCGCAUGACCAAAAGAAAAAAUACGGAUUGGAUGCACAGCCAACCAUGGAGUACUUCAGAGAUAGAGUCCUCGCAUUAUGCCCGCCUGCACCCUUCUCUAUUCACAAGAUCCCUCUACCUGUCAUUCUUCCCCAAAAGAGGCCCGGUUCCAAAGACCGAGGGUUCAUUUCUGCAUAUGCUCCGAUACUGGGGCAGAACGGUAUUCCUGAAGAAGCUUUUCUCUGCUUUACUAAGACUCUGCAAGAAGCUUCCAAAGCUUCACCGAUCCUUAAUGUUGUUUUCCUCUCCGCCGGCGUCGUUGGCAUGGUUCCCAUGUGGGAAGCCCAGGUUGCUUCGACUGUUGUCCAAGUCGCUGCAGGUACAGCGAUUGAGCUACAAAAGCGGCAGCGCACAAACAGUUUCCUCGACAUAAUGAAUGAACACCUUUUCAAGCCGAGAGGUAUUUUUGCUAUGGUAAUGUCCUACAAGCCUGAGGCUGCCAGACCAAUUGAAGCACAGCCUCUAGAUAUGUCCGCCCUGGUCUUCAAUCGGAUACAGAAGGAUUCGCACACGGUUAAAGGUGCUCUAAAGCUUGGCAACGGUACGACUUACGGCGAUGUAGAAUUGCCAGAAGCUGCCGCAUUACGGUUUCCAGCUAUAGACGCUGCUAUCGCCACUGGCGAUGCUGAACAAGCGAAUAAACUGAAGAUUAGCCAAAAUUUUCUAACAGACUACUAUGAUAGAAGGGCGCAGGCGGUCUUUGCUGCAAAUAACCCAGACUCGCAACUUAAUGCCCCGGCCGAGCAAGCCCCAAAGUUUGCAUCUCGAUUCAGUGAUCCUAACGAUCCAGUGCACAACGGUUCUCUUCUUACGCUUGUCACUGGAGGGAAGGUCAAUCUGAGCGCAAGAAAAAACGAACGACGAGAGGCGAGGCGGACGGCGAGAGACUACCGGUUUGGAAGAUCCCACGAGGGUAGCGCCUCUCAGGGUCAACGGCAAAGACCAAGAGGGAUAAAAGGAAGGAGGGCGAUGAAGAAGGUACGCCAGGCACUUGAAAGCGUCGGUCUCGUCACAGAGGUGGCUUCGCUCUCCAGCACUGGAACGACGUCCCCUGGAAAUCCUGGCAUGCAUGAUGAUAUCGCUGGUAUUCGGUCAUCCAUACUCAAAGUUCUGGAUCAGAAUCAGGAUGUCUUACUUGUAGCUCACUCUGCUGGAGGGUUUCUCGCCUCGAACGCAAUUCAAGGGCUGAAAAGGGAAGAUCGCAUCAAAGCAGGAGAGAGUGCAGGGGUAGUCAAGCUCAUUUUCCUGACCGCCGCACUCCUCCCAGAAGGAUUCAAGCACCAAUUAUUGCCGUUCUUUGAGACAGAUGUACGCCUUGCGGACUGCCCACAUGAAACGAUGUUUUUCAAUGGAGUGGCAGUUGAAGAUAUUCCGAAGUGGCUCAAGGUUCUCGAGCCUCAACCUGCCGCAGGGUGGGAUGACACAAUCACUCAUGCGGGAUGGAAAGACAUCGACAGCGUCUAUCUAGUGUGUGAGAAUGACCGGCUUAUUCCAAAAAUAAUGCAGGUCCAGAUGGCUGAGUCUGCUGGGUCAAGCGUACGGACUUGUGACGCGGGUCAUAUGCCUAUGCUAAGCCAUCCAGAAGUGGUGAUCGAGGCUAUUAAUGAGGCUCUAGCGACAUUACAUUAG